AUCAAAAUACUUCAAAAAUUUACUAAUUACAAAAUUAAGGAGUGAUAAAAAAAGUUUAUAAUCAGAGAUAAAAAGUCACCGGUUAAAGCCCAAAAGGCCCAAGUAAUAUCCAUUGGGAUCCAGCAAAAUAUAUAACAAAAGAACCGUACCGUACCUACAAUAACCAAAAUUGGUUUUCUCUUUCUUUUGUCUAACAGUGGCCUUUAUUUAACAGACGCACUCCACUGCUAACGUUGCUUUCGUCCUACUCUUCUUCUGGUGUAAAAGCUUUUCUUCCACACACAUUUGAGAAAGAAGACGAAGAAGAAGAGAGAAUAACUAUUCCUUCUUCGCCAAGUUCUCUGAGCUAUAGAAGAAGGAGGGAUUUCUUCAGACCGCCAUUGUUGCCCACCUUCUCUCCUUUCUAUUUUUCGCCGCAUUUUACUCGCUUACUGACAAAAGUCUUCUACUCAAGUCUCUCUCUCGCUCUCUUUGGAGGCUCAAUUAGGGUUUUGUUGUCGUGAGAUUUGAUUACACAAAUUGCUGAAUUUGGUUUCGAUUAUUGGUGUUAUUGUUUUCGAAGAUUUCCAGUGAGUUUCCGUUUAUGGAUCUGACUGGAGGAUUUGGAGCUAGAUCCGGCGGUGUUGGACCGUGCCGGGAACCAAUAGGCCUUGAAUCGCUACAUCUCGGUGACGAAUUUCGGCAACUAGUGACGACUUUACCUCCCGAGAACCCCGGCGGUUCGUUCACGGCUUUGCUUGAGCUUCCACCUACACAAGCAGUGGAGCUUCUCCAUUUCACUGAUUCUUCGUCUUCUCAACAAGCGGCAGUGACAGGGAUCGGUGGAGAGAUUCCUCCGCCGCUUCACUCUUUCGGUGGGACAUUGGCUUUUCCUUCUAACUCAGUUCUCAUGGAGCGAGCAGCUCGUUUCUCGGUGAUUGCCACUGAGCAACAAAACGGAAAUAUCUCCGGGGAGACUCCGACGAGCUCUGUACCUUCCAAUUCAAGUGCUAAUCUCGACAGAGUCAAGACGGAGCCUGCUGAGACCGAUUCAUCUCAGCGGUUGAUUUCUGAUUCAGCGAUUGAGAAUCAAAUCCCUUGCCCUAACCAGAACAAUCGAAAUGGGAAGAGGAAAGAUUUCGAAAAGAAGGGUAAAAGCUCGACGAAGAAGAACAAAAGCUCUGAAGAGAACGAGAAGCUGCCAUAUGUUCACGUUAGAGCUCGUCGUGGUCAAGCAACCGAUAGCCAUAGCUUAGCAGAACGAGCAAGAAGAGAGAAGAUAAAUGCACGAAUGAAGCUGUUACAGGAACUGGUCCCAGGCUGUGAUAAGAUUCAAGGUACCGCGCUGGUGCUGGAUGAAAUCAUUAACCAUGUCCAGUCAUUACAACGUCAAGUGGAGAUGCUAUCAAUGAGACUUGCUGCGGUAAACCCCAGAAUCGACUUCAAUCUCGACACCAUAUUGGCUUCAGAAAACGGUUCUUUAAUGGAUGGGAGCUUCAAUGCCGCACCAAUGCAGCUUGCUUGGCCUCAGCAAGCCAUUGAGACCGAACAGUCCUUUCAUCACCGGCAACUGCAACAACCACCAACACAACAAUGGCCUUUUGACGGCUUGAACCAGCCGGUAUGGGGAAGAGAAGAGGAUCAAGCUCAUGGCAAUGAUAACAGCAAUUUGAUGGCAGUUUCUGAAAAUGUAAUGGUGGCUUCUGCUAAUUUGCACCCAAAUCAGGUCAAAAUGGAGCUGUAAGUUGGGAAAACGGUAGAGAUCAUGAAUGUGUAUAUACAUCGUAUAAGCUCGUUUCUCUCUAUAUAAAUAUAAUCAUAAAUAUAGAUAUCUGUUAAGAAGGUAUCAGUCAUUUGAUUCAGAGAGACAACACUGGUAUGAUUGUUUCUUAUUCUUGUACCAGAUUUCGACAAUGUAGAAUUUAGUAGGAUAUGAUCAUUUUGAUCUCGUUAUAUAUAUCUUACUAAUAAUAAAUAGAGAUAAAAAAAUUCUAUU